CGCCCGAGGGGUAGUUACGAGUUAUCCCCCAGUCAAGUCCAUUUAAUUGAAACGGAUCCCUUUGUUACUUCUGAGAACAGCCUUUCUCUUUCUCUUCAUCUUUCCUCUCUCAAGUCCAUAUCCUUCUCCCUCAGCCAUGUUUUCUUCCAACAGUCUUCCCUUCCUGGCCUCUUCAUGAAUUGUCUUGGAAGAUGACCAGGGAAUAAGAAGAGAUCAGGAGAGGAAGAGAGAGUGAGAUGGAAAGCUCCGGUUGCAUGGGAUUAGUGGCAGUCUUUGCGAUUUCGAGCAGCGUGGUUCUCGUAUCCCUUCAGGUCCAGAAGCGCCUCGUGUCGGAAUUCAAGAAGAAGGUUGAAUUAGAACUAGGAAGUGUGAGAAACCAGCGAAAGAAGAAGGUGAGGUUUGCUGCCGAUGUGAUCGAGCCAUCGUCGAACAACGAAGAGUAUAGGAGGCGCAGGACGUCGCCUAGACCGGCUCCAGCAAUGAAGGAUUUCUCCUUAUCAUUGUGAAUUGUGGAUUAGCAUGGAAGAAAUCUGCUACUGUGUAAAAAAGAAGAAGUCCCUUGUGAAUUUUAAUGCUGCAGGUGGGAACUAAUCUUAUUGUGCCUUGUAAUCUUAGUUUUCCUAGAUUUUUUUAUGCUGCUUUUUUUUUUAAGUUCAUGGGCAGGCUUGUAUCAAUCCAAUUGCACCUAACGUUGAAAGGAACGUUUUUGUACCUUCUGUAUUAUAUAAUUGAAAUGUAGACCCCAAACAAGGUCCCAGAUUUAGCUUUCAUCA